UGCGGUUUGAACUUCUGGCCAGAAAAAAAAAAUUAAAAAUACCAGCAGGAAAUGAAUUUUUGUUCUGUCAUCAUCUCAAUCUAGUACAACGCUGAGGAUGGACAAGAAGCCACUUCUAAGCAAUCUACAUACUUGUUAUCAAGCCAUGGACUAUGGACCUCCAGGAAAUAGAGCUAUGCCUCCAACAGGUUUCCCAGCUGCAAUGCCUGGUACCUUUCCUGGAUAUGAAGGGGCAAACCAAAUAGGAGGUGUGGUACCUCCAGCUGGUUUCCCACAGUAUCCAGUAGCAGCAUCAGCACCUGUUCCAAUGCUUAGUAGCUUUCCUGGAUAUGAAGGGAUGGGCCAAACAGGAAAUGGAGGAUUUUUUCCUCCACCCAAUACUGGCUUUCCAACUGAACCUUCGCCAACUAACAUUGAGUGGAAAAUUCCAUCAUUGUCACACGAUGAGGCCAAAAAAGCCCUUCAUGAUUACGUUGCUUCAAAGUGCUGUUAUGGCAAAGAUCCAGUCGAACAGUCAGAGAUCACAAAUCUUGUAGCCCACAACACUUACAGGUAUCGCCUAGAAACAUUUACUGAAUCCAGAACACCUGAGUGGGCAGAGGAACCUUUUAAAGGUCAACAAGUGGAUGCGAACAUUCAGCCGCCUCCUGCACCAUGGAAUGUUCCUGUUGAUGUCCCACAAUUCUUUAAAGCUGGAAAACGGUCCAUUAAAGUCCCAUAUACCUCUUCCUUAAAGCCCUGUCACACAUGCACAGGCUUAGGAAAAAAUCCUUGCAAAAACUGUGGCGGAAGAACAAAGGAGAGCUGCAGCCUUUGUAACGGAAGUGGUAAAUCCGCCGGCGAUGAGCAGUGUAUGAAAUGCAGUGGGUUAGGCGCCAUAAACUGUUCAUCCUGUUCUGUCACUGGAUUUCAAGAAUGUAAAGCAUGUGUUGGCAAAGGACAAAUUCUGUCCUUCAUUAAUCUCAAUGUUGAAUGGAAAAAUAAUGUGAGUGACUUUGUGGGCAGUCAGGAUUCUGGAAUUGAUACGGAUAAACUUAAGGCUGUAACUGGAAAGGAACUGUUUACUGAUCAACAGAUUAUGGUAUAUCCUGUUGUAAAUUUUCCGGACACGGCUAUUGCUCAGGCUUCUGAGAAAAUGGUGAGGGAACACCAAAGCAAAUAUGGACAGACAUCUCGUAUUAUUCAACAGAAACACUCCGUUGAACUGAUCCCCAUCACAAAUGCAAACUACACCUGGCGUGGGAAUAAUUACAGUUUUACGGUCUUUGGGCAAGAGAAGAAAGUCAAUGCAGCUGACUACCCAGAUACGUGCUGCUGUACCAUAUUAUAAAGGAUUUAGCAGAUGUAGCCACACAGUUUGUGAAUUAUGCAAGUCAGAGUAUCAUGUCUUUUAAAAAAAAAACAAACAAAACUGUAUGCCUGUCAUUUUUACAUUUUUUUUACAUUUCUUUUUCUAUUUUUUUUUCUUUUUAUAAGUGUAUGAUUUUCUGUUAUGGUGCAGUAUGUUGGAGCCCUUACUCUUGACACCACACAUUUUAACAGGCUUUGUGGAAAUGUUCACAUUUUUAUAACAAUUGUAAUACAAAUCAACCACUUUCAUAUACUAUAUAAGUGUGACAGUAGAAUGCAUGAAUACAGUUAAUAAAGUAAGUCAGGAUUUUUUUUUUCGUACACUUCCACUCAGGGCUAAUUAUUACAGUUAGUAUAUGCAUGAGUUAUCUUGUGUAGUAAUAAUAUCAUUUUGUACUAUCCUGUAUAUAUUAUUACAUUUUAACCUUCUUCUCUUAAUAAAAAGUGUAACUGUGUCUAGCAAUCCUACAUGUAUGAAAAAAAGAGAUUAAAAAGUAACUAAUGUGAAUUAUUACCUAUAAAGUCAAUAAGUCUGUCAUUAGUAUGUUAAUCACUGUAAAUGAAUUAAAAAUCUUUUUUUCCCCACUUGUUGUCUUGAAGUCGGUGGCCUCCAAGUCACCUCAUAUAAGCCACC